AUGAAGGAUGAAGUCAAGACAUCAUCCUCCAUCCAGCAAAUGGCUAAUCAUCUUCAGAGCAACUCCGCUAGAGGAGCCAGGGUCCAGAGGGUUGAUCCUCCUUUCUGGCCUCGUUUGGGUCGGUUCCGGUUUGGCUGCCCGGGGGUGGGCAUUGCUCAGCAGCCCCCGGGAGGCACGGGAGAGAGACAACUUGAGCUGGGGACAGGCAGGAAAAGGGAGGGGAGAGCAGAGCAGAGCAGAGCAGAGCAAAGAGGAGAGAGGCAGGCGGGGAGCAUGGAAUUAUGGAUCGCUGCGUACGGCAGCCGUAAGAGGGUCACGGUGGCUAAAACAGUUCUAGUUAGUCCGUGGUUGGUACUGGAGGUUGGUGGUCACUACGGCGAGGCUUGCUUAGAUUGGAGAUUGGAGCAUCCGCGAGGUGUUACUCUGCAAAGUAAGUCUGGUACCGGGUUCAGCUUUGGUAAGUUAUGUGCCAAACGUACUACGUAUGAGAACAGACUAAGUGGUUGGGCAGUCUGGUUGCAACUAAACUCGAAGUGGAUUAACCCCUCCGACCCAGACAGGUAA